GCACCAAUACUUCGAGAUGAUCCUGAAUGUUCUAAUACAUUCUUCGAAUUUUCUCUCAGUUUCGUCUCUAUAAAGAUACCGUUGAUACACCGUGCAUUGGGAAUGUUAGUGAUACAAUAAGGUUUAGAAGUUUCACCGAUACAAUUGCCAUAACAAAAUAUUAAAACUGAAUGUUUUUAAUUCCGUUAUAUCAAUAUUGUUGCGAUGCAGCAAUUUCGUGCCAUAUUUGCCUUUAUAUGGAAACAUAAAUUGUAAAAUACAAAUAUUAAAUUACAUUGUAUUGUAAAGAAGGUUAAUUUAAAAAUUUGAAUUUCUGGACCGUGUACAUACGUAUGGAAUAAGUGGUAGCUGACAACCAAACAUGGUUUCUGCAUGGUGCUAUUUUAUUUUACCAGUAGUAUUAUUUAUCGGAUUACUCCGAAAAAGUCGUGAAUGUACAUGGGGAAGAUGCAAGAAUGUGGAUAGUUUACAUGGCCGAGUAUUCAUUGUAACAGGUGCUAAUUCAGGCAUCGGUAAAGAAACUGUGAAGGAACUGGCAAGAAGAAAAGCUACAGUUAUUCUAGCCUGUAGAAGUUUACAAAAUGCUCGAGAUACUAUAUCCGACAUACGUUCCAAAAUCUCUAUCGGAGAAUUGAUACCCAUGAAAUUGAAUUUGGCAUCAUUUUCAUCGAUCAGAGAUUUUGCUGCAGAGGUGAUACAAAAUUUUCCACAAAUUCAUGUAUUAAUUAAUAAUGCUGGAGUAUAUGUUCCUUUUAAAGAACACGCUUUAACAGAAGACGGCUUUGAAAUUCAUUUCGGUGUUAACCACUUAGGACAUUUUUUACUUACAAAUUUACUGUUGGAAACUUUAAAAGAAAAUGCGCCAAGCAGGAUCGUAAUUGUAACAUCAAAGUUAUUCGAACAUGGAAAAAUAGAUUUUCCAAGUUUAAAUGGAGAAAAAAAAUUGACAAUUAAAGGACGUAUGAAUCCUGCUUACUAUAAUUCAAAGUUAGCAAACACCUAUUUUGGUAUUGAACUUGCAAAAAGAAUUAAGAACAGUGGUACUAAUGUUUAUAUGGUAUGUCCUGGAUUUACAUAUACAGGGCUAUUUAGAAAUGUGAAAAGAAGUUGGUUUCAUUACAUUAUUUUCUCACCAAUUGCUUUCAUGUUCUUACGUACAGCGAAUCAGGGUGCCCAAACUGUAUUACAUUGUGCCAUAGAACCAUCUUUAUCUGAAGAUACCGGUAAUAUUUACAGAGAUUGUAAACCCUACGUCACAACUAAGAAAUUAGAUUCUGAUGUAGCAUUGCGUCUGUGGAACGUCAGUGCAAAACUGACAAGUUCUACCAAUGAAUUACAAGAUAAAUCUGAUACUCAGUGUUUAGCCACUGUUGAUACAAAUUCUCAACACAAAGAAGUUACAGAAUAAGAGACAAGACUGUUGCACGAUCAUGCAUAGAACCGAGGAUUUUAACGAUUUCUAACGAUAUCUUUAGAAAUUACCAACUCGGACACGAAACCUUACUGUUUAGGAUUAAUAAAGUCGUAUCUUUUAAUAAUUA